GGCGCUCUACUACAAAACCGUCGUCGCCGCGCCUGUCGCCAUGUUUAAUAAAAUUGCUGCAAGACGAGGGAGAAGAUAGUUCUUUGUGUUCGCCUUUUCGUGCUGUUUUAAUAUGACUUAAAUGUCGAAAUAGUUGGCCCAUUAUCUCUAAUGCUGUCGCCUUCUUAGGUAUUUGAAGUGUAACUAGUAUUGUCCAAGAUGUCCUUUCCUCCGCCGGGAAACCCCUUCAUGGCUCGGCCCAGGAUGCCUACCAACCAGAAUCAGUUCCCUCCGUUUGGAGGCAUGCCAUCUGGCAUGCCAAUGAAUCCACAAAUGGGUCUCCUACCACAGCCGCCCAUGUCCAAGAUGCAGAUGCCGCCAGGAAUGCGACCCAAUAUGCCACACCCUCCGAUGCCAGGCCAGAGGUUCCCGGGGUUUAGCCAACAAUUUCCGCACCCAGACUUCUUUCCGAAAGAAACACAUAUGCAGCAGCAGCAUGCAAUGCAGCAGCAGCAGCAACAACAGCAGCAAGGGAUGGCAAGUCCAGGAGGGGAACAAGAGGCAAACGGCGACAAGCCCAAAACCACCGUCUUUGUCGGCAACAUUUCGGAGAGAGCCCCAGAUGCUUUGAUCCGUGCCAUGUUGUCGAAAUGCGGCCUGAUAUCCAGUUGGAAGCGUGUCCAGGGAGCAUCGGGCAAGCUACAGGCCUUUGGGUUCUGUGAUUACAGUGCACCAAAGGCCGGCCUGAGGGCCAUUAGGCUCUUACAUGACUUGGAGUUAGGCGACAAGAAACUCUUGGUGAAAGUCGAUGCUAAAACUCGGAUUCAGCUUGACGAGUAUCUCGCCGAAAAUGGACAGAGUUCUGAGGAGCUGGAUGAGGAGACGCAAGCCGAGGACGCAAAUAUCCAAGCUCAAAUUGAGCGACUGACCAACGACUAUAAACACGCCCUCAACAAGCCACAAGCUGAAGAGACAUCCAAGGAUCAACCCAAGGAGAGCCAGCCGUCUAGGGAACAGAAGGAUGGGAAGGACCCCAAGAAGAGUAAAAAGGAAAACAUUCAGGACUUGAACAACAUCGAAGAGGACAAACGACACAUCAUAAGUCGUGAAAUUGAUCGCUUCAGAGACACAUACAAGGCAGCAGAGGAUAGGGAGAAAGACCGGCUGGCUCGGGAACAACGCCGGGAGGAACGAGACUCCAAACGCGGGGACACCAAGGAUCGCGACAAAGACCGGGAACGGGACAGAGACCGGGAUAGGGACAAGGAACGCGAGCGUGAGCGGGAACGGGAGCGAACAAGGGAGAGGGAGAGACGGGACCAGGCUAAGGAGAAGGAAAGAGAGGAGAAAAGAGACAGGGAAAGGAGGCUUGAGCGGGAAAGAGAACGGGAGAAAGAACGCGACCGGGAAAAGGAGCGGGAGAGAGAGCGUGAGCGAGAACGGGACCGGGAUCGCGACAGGGACAGGGACCGCAAACGAACACUCGACAGGGACGAUGACCACGAUAGGUUUAACGAGGAAGAAGAGUUUGAGAGGAGGAAGCUUGAGAGGAAACUGCGGGAAAAAGAGGAGGCCUAUCAACAGCGACUGAAAAUGCGGGAAAGUCGUGAGCGCAAGCGCGCCCGCGAAUACGAGAAGCUGCGGGAGAAACAAGAAACGGAGAGAAAUGAGAUGGAGAAAGAGGCCAAGAGACUCCGCGAAUUCCUGGAAGAUUAUGACGACGAGCGAGAUGACCCCAAGUAUUACAUGGGGAGUGCGCUGGAGCGAAGACGCAAGGAGAGAGAAAAGGAGAUUGACAGCGACAACCGGGACCGCCGACGGGAGCGAGAGGAACUGGAGGACAUCAAGCGCAAACUUCUGGAGGAGGGGCACGAUAAUGUGGAGGAAGAAAUCGAAAAGCUUGAGCAGGAACGAGAGAAGCACAGGUUACCUCAGUUGGCGUUGGUUCCAAAGGAAGAGAAACCCAAGCUGGAACCCACGAUGAAGCCGCUAGAUGUUCCUGAAGAACCAGACCCUGAAAUGGCCGCCCUGCCCCCAGCUCCGGGACCUCGAACCCCCGAGUCCUCCGACGCAAGCCCUGAGCCUCUCUCCGCCCAAUCAGCUGAAGACGACAGUGACCAGCCCCCUGCAAAGGAACCACACAAGCCCAGACUCAGCUUUGGAGGUCUUAAACUUGUUGGAGCCAAUGAUCCCCAGUCAUCUGCUGCUGCCAAACGCAAGAAGCUUUCGGUGGUGGAAGUCUUCAACGAGGACGAAGACACGACAGACACCGGCAAGAAGAAGCGCAAACUGGUCCCCAUCGACUACUCGGAGGAAGAGAUGAAGGCUGUUGCAGGGGGCCAGUCUCAGGCCGUGGCCUCGGCUGCAGAGGAGAAGAGAAAGACCAUCAAGAAUCUGAUUGAGAAGAUCCCAACAGCCAAAGAAGAGCUCUUCAGAUACAAAGUAGACUGGGCAAUCGUCGAUGAGUCUUUGAUGGAGAGACGAAUCAAGCCCUGGAUCAACAAGAAGAUAGUGGAGUACAUCGGUGAGGAGGAGGCAACGUUGACAGAGUUCAUCUGCUCCAAGCUUCUGGCUCACAGCUCAGCCGAGAGCAUACUGAGCGACAUCACCAUGGUUUUGGAUGAAGAAGCAGAAGUGUUUGUUGUCAAGAUGUGGCGGUUGUUGAUCUAUGAAGUGGAAGCCAAGAAGCACGGUCUGGUCAAAUGACAAUCAAGCAAGUCAUCCUAGAAUCAAGACCUUGGAACCAUUUCUGAAACCUCGGCUGUCUUUGUGGCUCAAGUUUUUUUAAGGUUUCAAUAUGUACAUAUGUAGCAGAGAGAGAGAGAGUCGUUCUUGGGCCCUAGCUCCUAUACUGACUGGCACUUCAAAUUGCGGAGCCAGACCUCGAAGCCGUACCCGAGGUUUCAGAAAUGGCUCUCAAGAUGACGCCUGUGAAAUGAAAGGCAGUAGGCUGGUACCAGCGUGCGUUUGGGGAGUCAGUGCUGAAAUCACUGUGUAGGCUACAGCAGCCUUACCAAGAUGUGCUGCAAUUGAUGAGGGUUUACAUUGUAUCAACAAAAGGAUUUUUUUUGUCUGUGACAAGAGAUGUUAACUGCAUUUUUGUAAUGCCCAAAAUGGCCAUUUUCUGAUUGGAAACGCUUUCUAGUAUCUUUAUGGGCUCCGUGUGCAAACAAAAGAGGGCGCUUUUUUACCACUUUUGAGAGCCCUGUUGACGGGACACACAGCGCGUGUGUACUGUACUGGUUCUCAUGCGAAGUACGCACGGCUGACAAAGCUAUUAGCCACAGCAUCUUCGCUCGAGCGUCAGGCUUGCAAAUAAGUUCCAAUUUAACUUGCAAUGAUCUCCCAGACUAAUCCCUGCCUCCAAUAAAUUUGGAUCAUUCGAAAUACGCAGUGGAUGAAUCGGAAACCAGUCUAGGUCUCCCCCAACCCUCUUUUUCUGGCCGUUGAAGGGGUACUUGUGCACGGAGCCCGUAAUAGGAAAUAUUCACCUUUGUUACCCUAAUCCAAUUUAUUCUCCAGUAAACUACAUUUUUCUUUAUACCAAGUCUUUGACGAAGCUGCAUCCAAAUCUUGUCUUGGACCAGAAGUAGCCUCCGUUUUCGAGUACGAGUUGUGUAACCUUUGAUAUUUUGUUCAUUUCAUAUGUUGUUCCUUUUAUGAGAAAACCCUAUCAAUGGCAAAUCUAGUUUCAUGCACAAUUGGAUACAUGAAUCCUGCUCUCACAAAAGGAGGGUAAAGCCACAGAAUAUACAAUGUAUUUCAUAUUAAAUGUUUCCUGAAAUGUUAAAUUGCUGGAUUUUUCCAUCAUGCCAAAGUCUCACAGUAAACUGACUCCAACACAUUCAUAUAUUAUUAGGAAGCAGUGUCUCAUCUCCACCCAGUUUGAACAUUUUCUAAGUUGAUUUCUGUGACUUUAUUGUAAUUUCGUGGGUGUUAAAAAGCUUCUUUACCAGUGACUUUCUCCUAUGACAUUUCUUGUUUUCUCAUUUUUUUUUAUUAAUGUUAUUUUUUUUGUGGAAUUCAUUCAUGAUCUCAACUUAAGUCCCCUUUUGGUCUAAAAACCUUUCCCUGCUGCAAAAUGGCAGAAAAGUACGAAAAAGACACAAUAUAUUAAAUAUGGAUGUAAUUUCAAAAAAAUGUUUCUAAUAAAUUUUUAAAAGUCAAUUUGCAGACUUCAUUUUUUCUUUAAUUUUUGUGUUUUCCGUUCUGCCGAUGUGCAUAACUCAUAUAAAUCAGUUUGGCUUCCCUUAAAACAAUCUUGUUACAUAUAUCACACCUUGGCCAAGUAUCAUAACACCUGUUUUUUAUGUUGUUUCUUCACUCUUUGUGCAUUUACCGAUCCGCGAUCAUUGUGCUUUUCUUUUCAGGUUUCUCUAGAUUAGAUAAGUGUGUUUUUAGUUUAUACCGACUAUCAUUUUCAUGACUGAAAUUUUUUCAUUAUUUUUUUGUUACAAAUUGCCACUGAUUCUGAUUCCGAAUCCAAGAUUUCAUGAUCUGAUCAUUGCUAUUUGAAAUGCAGUUUUGAAUGAAAGCUCUCAAUAAAUAAGCACUUGUAUAUAUCUUGGAAAAAUA